UAUUGAUUAACAUUCGAAAAUUCUAAAAUUCGAAUAUUUACAACAAAAUAAAAAGUAACGGAAUAUAAAGUUUAUUGAUCAAGUGAUUUCGCAUCUUUAAUCAUCUCAGAUUUGUUUUUCGUCUUCCCUUUCACUCUUUUAUUCUUGUUUGGAUUCGAUUUAUAUCGAUUUUUUGUUUCAAAAAUUGACUCAUCACCACCAAGAAAUACAAACAAAAAAAUAAAGAUGGCCGAAUAUGAAAUGGCAGUGGAUGAUGUUGAUAUGGAGGCUAAUAAUGAAAAUAUGAAUGUACCAGAAUUGCCAUCAUCAUCAACAUCAUCCAUACAUGGUCGUAAACGUUUUGAAGUAAAAAAAUGGUGUGCUGUUGCACUUUGGGCAUGGGAUAUUGUUGUCGAUAAUUGUGCCAUUUGUCGUAAUCAUAUAAUGGAUCUUUGUAUUGAAUGUCAAGCAAAUCAAGCAUCGGCAGCAAGUGAAGAAUGUACCGUAGCAUGGGGUGUAUGUAAUCAUGCAUUUCAUUUUCAUUGUAUUUCACGAUGGCUUAAAACACGACAAGUUUGUCCAUUAGAUAAUCGUGAAUGGGAAUUUCAAAAAUAUGGUCAUUAAAAACAAAUUGAAUAACAAAAAAAAAA